AUGACAUCGACCAACUUAUAUGCACAUCCACGCGAACAUUUUUUGACCAAAAUCGUUUUGGAUGACUUGCAACCACCUGAGUAUCUGGUACGGCUUAAACGCUCAGCGGACAGACGUAAACGCCACGCCUUGUAUGUCAACGGUAAAUUUAGUAGAACUAAGGUUGGUGGCACUCCCAGACAUGAAUCGACAACGAAUCCCGGGUUAGGAAUAUUCCUGGGAAUACAAAAAACUGUAAAAAAAAAAAAAUGUAUUUACAAGCGCACAUCACAUGUGACUAUAUUAUUUUAA